AUGAAUAUUGUAUGUCCACAUUGCAAUGCAUUGAAAUUCAAAAAUGAAGCCCCUGGAUUGUGUUGCGCCAGCGGCCAAGUCAAAUUGACGUCAUUGGUACCACCACCAGAGCCACUACAUUCAUUGGUUUCCGGAAAUGGGCCAGAAGUCGAUCAGCGUUGCGCACACAACAACUCAGUGAAAAGAUCCAUUGUGGAACAACUUCAAACAUUUUUCCAUCAACACAAUGAAUUAGUUGCAUUAUUCACAACUGCAUUAGACCGCAUGCCAUCAGAUAAUCAUAAAAUUGUCAUCAGAGCCGAUAAGGCGCCUGCAGGACAACAUGCUGGACGUUUUAAUGCGCCAACAAUUGAUGAAGUGGCUAUUGUCGUCGUGGGAGAAAAUUUAGAAAACCGAGACAUUGUUUUACUUCGACGGAACGAUCAACUUCAGCGUGUAUCUGAAACACAUCGAUCAUAUGAUGCCUUACAAUAUCCUAUUCUAUUUUGGCAAGGUGAAGACGGCUAUCAUUUUUCAAAUAAGAUGAUAAAUCCAGUUACAGGUGCUGAAACGAACAAAAAAGUUAGUUCAAUGAAUUAUUAUUCAUACAGACUGAUGGUUCGGGAAAAUGAGGACAAUCACAUCUUAAAGUGUCGGCGUCUAUUUUACCAAUAUGCUGUGGAUAUGUAUGUGAAAAUUGAAACUGAACGAUUGACAAAACUCCGUUCCGAGGAAUAUAUUCAUCUUCGGGAUGCCAUUAAUGCUGAUGGAAACGCACAGAAUGUUGGCAGAACAACUAUUCUCCCAGCAGCAUACGUCGGAAGCCCGCGACAUAUGCAUGAACAUGCUCAAGAUGCUAUGUCCUAUGUACGACAUUAUGGCACACCAGAUUUGUUUAUCACAUUCACAUGCAAUCCAAAGUGGACAGAAAUUCAAUAA